AACCACAUCACGGACACGUGUACUCGAUCCCUGUUGCCUUCGCCGGCAAGCGUGGUCAUAAAGGCUGCCUCAUUCAUUCUCUCUCUCUCUCUCUCUCCUCCUAUAAACCACAUACAAAUUUCUUCUUACAAGAAUUUAAUUGUUGCGUCUCCCUUUGCUUUACAAAAUAAUUGUUGUCCUCAAUCUUCAACCAACGGUUGGUUUCACCCCCAGGUUAUUCCUCAUAUACUUCCAUUUUCUCUCUCUGUAAAUACAUAAAUAAAGAUUCUAUUUGGAAAUUGCCCCCAAAUUUCAGAUUUCGAUCUGUUUGUAAGUUCUGCUGCUUUUUCGAUUUCCUGAAAUUUGGUGGGUAUUAGCUGUAAAGAUUAUUUGUAUCAUCUUUCUGCCUUCUUUUUGGUUGAAUUUAGCAUUUGGGGUUGAAAAAGGUUCCAGCUUUGUUGUUCGUUAUUUGUGGAUUUGGCUUAAUUUGGGCGUUGGAUGGAUGCUUUGAGCUGAUACUUUGAUGGAUUUUCAAUAAAGUUGGGAUUUUUCUGCUGGCCUUUCGUGGAUUAACAGUAUUCUCAGAUAGAGAUGGAUCUCUAGGUUUAGGAUUGCGAUUCUUUGUUGCACUUAGGUGCCUAUUUGGAAAAUUGAAACUUUGGUUUGUAAAUCUCCAGCUGGGUAGGAUAUAUUGGGGUGAAAGCGGGCCUAGUUUGGUUGAUUUUGAGGCUUUAAUUCACUAGUUUUUGUGUAAUUUUGUGGCACAAGUGAGGGAAUUCGUGGGGCUAGGGUUUUGAAUCCUCAAUUGGGUAAGAUUCUGAAUUUGCUUCACUAAAAAAGGACUUCUUUUACAUCAAAGUAGGUUUUUAAGGUAGAUCAGCAUUUGGGUUCAGCUGUUUUUAGUUGGUAAAGAUGGUGGAGUCAAUUGCUGCAACAUCCCUUUUGGGUCACCGGCCCGUUUGUGGGAGAUAUCAUUCCAGUGGUUUCUCAAGCACUAGGAAGCUAUUCGGUGUGGGUCGGAUUCCUGUACCAGAUUUUAUCGGUGGAAAGGUUGUUCGGACAAAUUUUCGGAGGUUGGGAGUUAAAGCAAUUAAGGCCCAAGCAAUGGAACUGACUAAGGAGGUAUAUUCCAGUAGAAAAGAAGAGAGAACAAUUAGGGGUUUUCAGGACGGGUUUGAUAUUGAUGCGGAUCGAAAACCAGGUUUGUGGCCACCGGAGAACAAGGCUGAUAAACCUUCACUUCAUAACCCCUUGCUCCGACAAGAAAGGAUGGGUUGUGGGUGGUUAGGUGCCAUAUUCGAAUGGGAAGGAGUCCUAAUUGAAGAUAAUCCUGAUCUUGAAAAUCAAGCCUGGAUAACUCUUUCUGAGGAAGAAGGACAAUCCCCUCUCCUUGGUUACACGCUUCGUAGAAUAGAAGGCAUGAAAAAUGAACAAGCCAUUUCCGAAGUCUUCUGCUGGUCGAGAGACCCAGCAGAAGUCAAAAGACUGGCUUCUAGAAAAGAAGAGAUUUACCAAGCAUUACAAGGCGGGAUAUAUACAUUCCGAUCCGGGUCUCACGAGUUUGUCAAUGUUUUGAUGCAUUACAAGAUACCCAUGGCAUUGGUUGCCACCCGUCCAAGAAAAACGCUUGAGAGAGCAAUUGGAGAAAUUGGUAUCAAAGGUGUAUUUACAGUAAUCGUCACGGCUGAGGACGUUCACAGGGGGAAGCCUGAUCCGGAGAUGUUUUUGUAUGCGUCGCAGCAGCUGAAUUUCAUUCCAGAGCGGUGUAUUGUUUUCGGAAACUCUAACCUGACGGUGGAGGCUGCUCAUGACGCACGAAUGAAGUGUGUGGCGGUUGCUAGCAACCAUCCAGUGUAUGAACUUGGGGCCGCCGACUUGGUUGUGAGUCGUUUGGAUGAGCUUUCGGUGGUUGAUUUAAAGAAUUUAGCUGAUAUUGAGAUGGCUGAGUUUGGGUCCAGUGAGCCGGAGUUGGAGAUGGAGACGGAGGAAGAUGACGAUGAGUCGUACUCAGCUUCGUCCACGGCAGCUGGUGAUGAUUUCUGGUAACCUCUCUCCAUAUGUACAGGAUGUUGUGCUUUGUAGCUUCAUCUAAUUCUUGAUUAUGGAACAUUGAUACUUGGGAUCAUAUGAAUGUAUAAGAAAUAGGGAUAUUCGAAAAUCAACAAAAAGAGAGGAAAGAAAAAGGUGGUCGACAUUGGACCAUCACCUCACUGUUCUCUUAUAAUUGUUAUCUUCGGAAGAAAUGUAUGUACAUAUAUUUGGGACA